AUGGCCCCCUCCAACCCAGAGACAUAUUACUUCACCCCAACCCCCCACGUCCCCAACUCCCCGCUCCCAGUCCUGAUCUACCGCGCCGUCCUCCCCACCAACCCGGACCCGGCCUCGACACGGGAAACCAUCGAGCCAAACCGCUGGAUGCAGGGCGGCAGCUUCAAGACUUACACCGCGCACCACUUCCACUCCGUCACGCACGAAUGCUACGCCGUUUUCAAGGGGAAGAGCACGCUGUUGCUGGGGCGCGGGCCUCUGGAUGACAGGGAGGGGGGCGUGGAGGUUGAGCUGGGGGUGGGGGAUAUUAUUGUGUUGCCGGCGGGUGUGAGCCACUGCUCGAUUACCUCGGAGGGGGAGUAUGAGUAUCUGGGGUUGUACCCUGAGGGGAGCCCGCACUGGGAUAACAACUUCUGCAAGGCGGAUGAGGAAGAGACGCAGGAGAAGGCGCGGAAUGCGAGAAACGUCCCGAUUCCAGAGUUUGACCCUAUUUACGGGAAGGGAGGUCCACUGGUGCGGAUAUGGAAUGAUGCUGCUGAGGCCGCCGCUUAA